CUGUUGUCAUUUGACAGUGGGCAGUUUAAAUAAUUUAUUGAAAUUCAUCGUGGCCGUUUGAUUCCUUCUCUUAAACUAUUCGGCUGAUAAAAAAAUAGGAAUGGGCGAAUUUGGCAAGAAAAGUUCUUCGGAUAAUACUCCUUCGGAAAAACCUCCAUCCUCUCAAGCAAAAUGUCCUGAUACAAUAGAACCUAAAAAAGUGUCAGAAUUUGGAAAUAAUUUUUAUUCACAACUCAAUUCCAUUAUAGAAAAAUUGAAAAGUACUUUCAAAAAGUUUUUGAGCACUGAUUUGAAGAGGCCGAUCACGAGUGAUUUAUUAAACGGCAUUUCUGCAACCGAGAAAGUAAUAAAAAAUUUCUACGGCCAGGUCGUACAAAAAGUGACGGAGUUUGCUGAAAAUGAUAUACUGAAAUUCAAGAAUAUGAGUAAGGAGGAAACUGAAAGGACUAGAAAAAUUCUUUUACAAUAUGCUGCUGAUAUGCAAAAAAUCUCGAAUGAAAAACUAAAGCAACUUAUGGCAGCGAACGUGCGUUUGCAGAAAAAAAUGUUGAAAAGAGAGGAAUUACAUGCCAUUGCAAAGUUCUUUGAUAUGAAAAUGAUUGAAGUGAAAAAACUCACUGAGGAACUUUGUAGCUCUCUUUCCAAGAAAGAAACCGCGCCUUUCGUAAAGGAUUUCCAAAAAAUGAUGGAAACUCAGAGUAUCGCGGUGAAAUCUUCUCUUGAUUCUUUCCUCGUCGCCGCUAAGCUUUCUGGAAAAACUUCCAAAAAUUCCGGACAAUUAUAAAUUACCAACUUCUCUUUCAAACAUAUUUGUUCAAAAGUCGUCUGGAUGUGUGAAGGGACAACAAACUGCUGAAAAAGUUAAAAAAUCAAUGGUAACUCUAAUAAAUAAAUUGCAGUAUAAUCUAGGAAAAUUUAUUAAAUCGGACAGCGUUUUCGGGAGGACGA